AUGCACUCCUUAGGAAAGGAUGACAAACCUAGUAGGAACAAGAAAAGACAAGCAUUGAAGAAAAGCAGCUGCGAGUCAACUGAAAAAACUAUACAGGCACAUAAAUCUAGUAGCAGAGACCUGCGGAUAAAAACAACAUUACAGGAUUUACUUAUCUACAUUAUCUUCCUUAUAGAUAUCUGCAUAUUAACAUUUGGUCAGAUAAGCACUGACAUGUACUACCACACCAAAGUCAUGUCCAAGUUGUUCUUGGAAAGUAGUCUUUCAGAAAAGGAUAAGAGCAACUAUAAAUCAUUGGGAAGCAUGGAAGACAUUUGGACGUAUUUUGAAGGACCUUUACUGGACGGCCUCUACUGGGAUUCAUGGUACAACAAAAAGAGCCUACCUACAAAUGAAAGCCAUAUUUAUUAUGAAAAUGUGCUGCUGGGAGUUCCACGCAUUCGACAAGUCAAAGUGGUUAAUAAAUCUUGCCCUUUGCAUUCUAGUUUUGUUUCAAUAACACAGUGCUUUGAUUCAUACUUGUCUGAAGAAGAAGAUAAAUCACCUUUUGGACCGAAGAAUGGGACAGCCUGGGAAUAUAUGGCUCCCAGAUCUAUUCCGGAAAGCCAUUGGGGUAUGAUAGCUACCUACAGCAGUGGAGGGUUUUACAUGGACCUUGGUAGCACAAAGAGCAAGAGUGCCAAGUUGAUUAAAAAUCUCAAAGACAACCUGUGGCUGUCCAGAGCAACAAGAGCAGUCUUUGUUGACUUCUCUGUUUACAAUGCUAACCUUAACCUUUUCUGCGUGGUCAGGUUAGUGGCGGAGACUCCAGCCACUGGAGGAGUCCUUACAUCCUGGGAGUUUUACUCAGUGAAGCUUCUCCGUUACAUCUCUAAAUAUGAUUACUUCCUUGCAUCAUGCGAGGUUUUAUUCAUUCUAUUUAUUUUUGCCUUUUUCAUCCAAGAGUGUAUUGACAUCUAUAAAACAAAAUGGAACUACUUCAAAAAUGGUUGGAACUGCAUAGAUGUGCUUUUAGUUGUGCUAUCUUUGAUGGCUAUCUUUUUCAACGUUUAUCGCACUGUGAAUGUUGAAAGCUUGCUUUAUCGCCUGCUCAAGAAUCCACACAAGUACCCCAAUUUUCAUUUUCUUGCCUUCUGGCAGACACAGUACAAUAACAUGAUUGCUGUCAAUGUUUUCAUAUCCUGGGUGAAGGUAUUCAAAUAUAUAAGUUUUAACAGGACAAUGAGUACCCUCUCUUCUACUUUGUCCCACUGUGCCAAAGACAUCAUUGGCUUUGCAGUCAUGUUUUUCAUAGUUUUCUUUGCUUAUGCACAGUUGGGGUACCUCUUGUUCGGCUGCCAAGUGGACAGCUUUUCUAGUUUUAAAAAUUGCAUCUUUACACAGUUCCUAGUAAUUCUUGGAGAAAUCAACUUCAAUGAGCUUGAGCAAGCAAACAGGAUUCUGGGGCCAAUUUAUUUCACAACCUUUGUAUUCUUUGUAUUCUUUGUGCUUUUGAACAUGUUUCUGGCUAUUAUUAACGAUACAUAUGCAGAAAUUAAAUGUGAUCAGUCACUUCAAAUGACAGAGUAUGAAAUGAGUGAUUUCAUCAAGAAGACUUGCAAUACAGCCCUAGUUAAACUACGGCUUAAGAAGGAGCAGCUGGUGGACAACAUCACUGAAAGCAUAAGGGGCACAGAGGGGAUCAUAUCUGUGAAACAAUUCCAGGUGGAGAUGUUGAAGAAAGGCUAUACAGAAGAAGAAACUAAAGAAGUCUUUAUGAAGUAUGAUGUAAACAGAGAUAGAAAAUUGAGCAAGAAAGAGGUUGACACUAUGACAAGUGAACUUGAGAAACAAGAGUAUGAUCUGGCCCAACAGCACUCUGCCCUGAAGAAAGACACUACACAUGGUGAAGAGGAGGAUCUUCCGUCACCUCCUGAAUUUGUAUCUAAGCAAGACUAUCAGCGGAUGGUGAAACAUGUUUUCCAGUUGGAGGAGCGGAUUGAUGACAUUACAUUCAUGAACAAUAAACUACUUAUACAGUUAAAUUCUUUAGAAUCGAUAACAUCGACAGAAAGUCGUGAAAAGGAUGACUGGGACUUUCUUCCCCCCACCCCCUAUCCCCCACCCCACAAACACUCCUACACCAAGAGUAAGUUCAGGCAGCUGUUAAAAAGCUCAAAUGUAAAUGAGCUAGAAGAAGAGGAGGGGCCCAAGCUGGAGUGA